AACUCGCCUAGAAAAUACUUCCCCCACCACCCCCUACCUGAGAUAUUCCGAAGGAGUAGGCAAGACACCUGUCAAGAAGAGACUUAAAUCCAGCCUGUUACAACAAUAGCGCUGCUGGGAUAUAACUCAACGCAUGGAAUAAGGACGUAAUUUUGCUUCGAUACAGACUGGACGAAUCAAGCCUGAUUUUGGGCGCUUGAGAAAAACCAAUGCGCAUUUAAAGCUUCCAUCUCUCGAACGGCCAUUUAGUUGUUUAGAACUUUGAUAUUCCACCUAUUGUGUUUCCCCCAUAGACCGUUUAGGUUUUCCAUUCGAACUCACUAGUGGACCAACGCUUUAUCAUCAAUUUGUUAACAGAGGUCUGGAGACAAUGCAUCCCACUAUUCAGAAAGACACUACUUUCACUAAGAUAUUUGUCGGCGGUUUACCUUAUCAUACAAACGACGCAUCCCUUCGAAAAUACUUCGAGAUGUUCGGGGAUAUUGACGAAGCCGUUGUGAUAACGGACAGACAAACCGGGAAAUCCCGAGGAUACGGAUUUGUGACUAUGAUGGACAGGGGGUCGACAGAACGGGCAUGUAAAGACCCCAACCCCAUCGUCGACGGGAGAAAGGCUAACGUCAACCUGGCCUACCUGGGAGCCAAGCCCCGCAGCCCACAGACAGGUUUCUCCAUCAGAGUGCAGCAGGUCCACCCCGCCCUGAUCCAGAGGCAGUAUGGAUUGGCCCAGCAGUGUAUGUACCCCCAGGCCUUCCUCCAGCCCAGUCUGGUGCUCCAGUCCCACCUCAGCCCCUCUCAGGCCUCCCUCACUUCUCCAUAUCUGGACUACAGCUCAGCCUAUGUCCCCUACACCUCCACCACCUCUACUGGCCUGGAGCACUACCCCUACACUCCCUCCCCCUCGCUCUCUGCCAGCUACCUCAGCUACCCCUACACCCCCUCCCCCUCGCCCUCCGCAAGCUACCUCAGCUACCGCUACUCCCCCGCCACACAAGGUCCCACCAUUUCCGCCCCCAUUACCCCGCCCGUCCACCCCUCCCUCAACUCCUUUGCUGGCCUCUCUGUCCCCCCCGCUGCCUACCUCCAAUACCCCCUCCACCAGCCUGACCACAUGCUGUGAUGGAGGUGUGGUGAGGGAGGUGUGGUGAUGUGGUGUGAGGAUGAUCAAAGGGGGGCACUGAUGACAACGUGAAUGGAGACUUGGAACAGGAGGAUUAUUGUGCUAUGACCUGCGACAUCAUCAGUAUGAGACAGCCGAUGAGAGAGUGGGUUCUGAAUCCAAAGGGCUUUGUCAAAACAAAACACACUGGGACGUCUUCCUGUUUUUCUAUUAGGGUUAUUAUCCAUUGUUGUCGUAGUUGUUACUAUGCUACUAUUGCUGUUGUCACCAAUGUUUAUACGAAUGUUUUUAGCUAAUGAUGGAAGUAAGAGCUAUCCCUGUGUCCAAUGCCAAACAUGAUGGAGUCAAUGGAACUUGAGAACUGAAAGAGGGGAAUGAAUGAUUCUGGAUCAACCUAGAUCCUUGCACUCCUCCUUACCCAUACAGAACACCCACCUCGUACACCAAGCCAAGGCUAGCCCUUCAAUGUAGUGGAUGGGGCUUGAAGGUUGGGCGAGGAUGGGUUGGGUAGCCAUUAUAUUUAACUAGAUGCUCCGCCUCUCUCUUCUGGAAGUUGUACUGAACGUUUCACUAGCGAGGUGAGAGAGAGGCAGCAUCCUCUUCUGGACAUUUCUCCAGGAAUACCUUUCUCUAAGUGGCCUUAUAGCCUCUCUCUGUUUCCAUGUCCUCCAUGAGUGCAAGUAAGUUAUUGCAGAUUGAGAAUCACACUUUCACUGAAUAUGCAAUUAUUAUUCUGAUGGAGUAUGGGAUGAAUAUUUACAAGGUAGGCAACAUUGUAACAUGCUUUUUAUAUCAAUGUUACUCUAACAUAAUCAUGUCAAAGCAGAUUUUUGUAAAGAAGGUAUUUCCAUAUUCAUGUUUAUCCUCAGAGACCUGCAGCAGCUGGUGUAACUGACUAUCUCAGUAUUGUUUAAAGUGAGCAGAGGCAGAAACUACAGGCUAAUGGAGGAUGUAUGAUCUGGUGGAAUAAUAAUGUAAUGUUUUAAUGAUACAAGUGUUGUCCAUCAGGUGAGUUGAUGUCUGCUAGAACCUAACUGAUACUAUGGGCUAGACUCAUGUAUGUGUACAGUCAUGGCCAAAAGUUUGUAGAAUGACACAAAUAUAAAUUUUCACGAAGUCUGCUGCCUCAGUGUCUUCAGAUAUUUUUGUCAGAUGUUACUAUGGAAUACUGAAGUAUAAUUACAAGCAUUUCAUAAGUGUCAAAGGUUUUUAUUGACAAUUACAUGAAGUUGAUGCAGAGAGUCAAUAUUUGCAGUGUUGACCCUUCUUUUUCAAGACCUCUGCAAUCCGCCCUGGCAUGCUGUCAAUUAACUUCUGGGCCACAUCCUGACUGAUGGCAGCCCAUUCUUGCAUAAUCAAUGCUUUGAGUUUGUCAGAAUUUGUGGGUUUUUGUUUGUCCACCCACCUCUUGAGGAUUGACCAUAAGUUCUUAAGGUCUGGGGAUUUUCCUGGCCAUGGACCCAAAAUAUUGAUGUGUUGUUCCCCAAGCCACUUAGUUAUCACUUUUGCCUUAUGGCAAGGUGCUCCAUCAUGCUGGAAAAGGCAUUGUUCGUCACCAAACUGUUCCUGGAUGGUUGGGAGAAGUUGCUCUCAGAGGAUGUGUUAGUACCAUUCUUUAUUCAUGGUUGUGUUCUUAGGCAAAAUUGUGAGUGAGCCCACUCCCUUGGCUGUGAAGCAACCCCACACAUGAAUGGUCUCAGGAUGCUUUACUGUUGGUAUGACACAGGACUGAUGGUAGCGCUCACCUUGUCUUCUCCGGACAAGUUUUUUUCCGGAUGCCCCAAACAAUCAGAAAGGGGAUUCAUCAGAGAAAAUGACUUUACCCCAGUCCUCAGCAGUCCAAUCCCUCUACCUUUUGCAGAAUAUCAGUCUGUCCCUGAUGUUUUUCCUGGAGAGAAGUGGCUUCUUUGCUGCCCUUCUUGACACCAGGCCAUCCUCCAAAAGUUUUCGUCUCACUGGGCGUGCAGAUGCACUCACACCUACCUUCUGCCAUUCCUGAGCAAGCUCUGUACUGGUGGUGCCCCGAUCCCGCAGCUGAAUCAACUUUAGAAGACGGUCCUGGCGUUUGCUGGACUUUCUUGAGCACUCUGAAGCCUUCUUCACAACAAUUGAACUGCUCUCCUUGAAGUUUUUGAUGAUCUGAUAAAUGGUUGAUUUAGGUGCAAUCUUACUGGCAGCAAUAUCCUUGCCUGUGAAGCCCUUUUUGUGCAAAGCAAUGAUGACGAUGGCACGUGUUUACUUGCAGGUAACCAUGGUUGACAGAGGAAGAACAAUGAUUCCAAGCACCACCCUCCUUUUGAAGCUUCCAGCCUGUUAUUUGAACUCAAUCAGCAUGACAGAGUGAUCUCCAGGCUUGUCAUCAUCAACACUCACAUCUGUGUUAACGAGAGAAUCACUAACAUGAUGUCAGCUGGUCUUUUUGUGGCAGGGCUGAAAUGCAGUGGAAAUGUUUUUGGGGGGAUUCAGUCCAUUUGCAUGGAGGGAUUUUGCAAUUAAUUGCAAUUCACCUGAUCACUCUUCAUAACAUUCUGGAAUAUAUGCAAACUGCCAUCAUACAAACUGAGGCAGCAGACUUUGUGAAAAUUAAUAUUUGUGUCAUUCUCAAAACUUUUGGCCACGCCUGUAUACGUCAGAUGUAUACACGCGUGACUAAGUCGCUUUGGAUAAAAGCGUCAGCUAAAUGGCAUACAGUGGGGCAAAAAAGUAUUGUCAGCCACCAAUUGUGCAAGUUCUACCACUUAAAAAGAUCAGCAAGAAAUCUUGCUUGUUUGUAGAUGACCAAAUACUUAUUUUCCACCAUAAUUUGCAAAUAAAUUCAUUAGAAAUCCUACAAUGUGAUUUUCUGGAUUUUUUUUUUUCUCAUUUUGUCUGUCAUAUUUGAAGUGUAUCUAUGAUGAAAAUUACAAGCCUCUCUCAUAUUUUUAAGUGGGAGAACUUGCACAAUUGGUGGCUGACUAAAUACUUUUUUGCCCCACUGUAUAUAUGUGUGGGUGAUACAGUAUUUGUCUGUGUGUCAGUGCGUGUCAGUGUAUGAGUCAUGUGUGUUUUGGUUAGGCACGUGUCAUCCCCUAGCCCCCAUUGUAAGCCAUUGUGAGAGUCAGUGUUGCGCCAUCGUCGCUGAGCCAGCUGCAGUUUAGGGUACAGAGCUGCUCCAGGAAUCUCUAUGUGCGGUACCACCUUAUUUACUUGUACAAUGAAGCCAUACAACCACAACAGAAAUAUGUAUAAUAAAAUUAAUUUGUU